GUGACGACGCCUCCUCGGUGCACCUGUCGUCUGCCUUCCACGAUGAGCGAACAGCUAAUAACCUGUGAGUUAACUGGGGUAACCGCUCUGGAUAACGAGGAACUCAAGAUGAGCCAAAAGACAGAGACGAUGAAGGAGCAGCCCAUUUUCUCGGUGCUGAGCGACGGACUGAAGCAGCAGCCCUCGCCGGCCCAGGCAGCCUCCCCCGUCGCGACCACCUCCGACACCGAGUCAGGGAUCUUCUCCGGGGAAUGUGAGACCUGUGUGGAGCACGAGAGCGAGCUGGACUGGUUCUGUUGUAGCGAGCGCAAGUUGAUCUGCUCCCACUGCGCUAUAGUCGGGUCCUGUCACGGACACACCGUGACCCCACUGGCCACCAGAGUCACGACAGUCAGGAACCAACUGGUGGACGUGUGCGAGAAGAUACAGCUGCAGGCUCUGAGGAUAGAACGAUUUAUUGACCAGACACUGAACGACAAAGAGCAAAAGCUACAGGCAGCAGCGAGCCGUGCAAGGGAGCAAGUGGUGGCUCAAGUGACGGCUGCCCGUGAAGCCCUGGAGGAAGAGGAGCAGCGUCUCCUGGAGGAAGUGCACAGGGAGGAAGAGCGGGUGGAGCAGUGUCUCCUCACCCAGAGAGCCCACUGGAAACAAGCGCUGUCCAGUUUGUCCAACACGCGGACACGGCUGGUGCACACGUUGACGCACACUCCGGACGCACAGCUCGUGAUAAGUGGCCAGGAAAUCGCUGAAAGAGUGGAGGAGGCAGAGGGGGUCGGUGAGCCUCAUGACACGGACCAGCUCAGCAUGAGGCCGGGCUGCAGUGACAGUAAGCUUCUGAGAGGACUGUGGGCCACAGCCAUCCUGCAGGGACCAAACGCUCAUGGCUCCAUGUUUCUGAAGUUCGACCAGCGCACAGUCAGCCCACUCCUCGCCCUGUCUGAUGACCAUUACACCGUGACCUUUGUCAACAAAAAAGCCAACUCUUCCAUGCCCUACGACCCGGCUCGCUUCGACUGUUGGCCCAACGCUCUUGGUUCCUUAUCCCUGUCGUGCGGCACUCACUGCUGGGUGGUGGACGUGGGUAAAAGUGGCGCCUUCAAGAUCGGAGUCUGCUAUGCCAGCAUGCAUCGCAAAGGCUCUGGGGUGGAGGCUCGACUGGGCUACAAUGCCGAGUCCUGGGUUCUGAGCCAGUACGCCGGCGAGUAUUCUUUCUGCCACAAUGGGAAGAAACUCCCGCUGCCGAUUGUGAAGCAUCCUCAGAAGAUCGGCGUGCUGCUGGAUUGGCCCAGUGAGACCUUGUUAUUCUAUGAACUGGAUUCCAGUGCUGUCCUCUACUCCCUCACACAUCGCUUCAGCGCCCCCCUGCUGCCGGCGUUUGCUGUGACUGACCGCAGCAUCACCAUACUGCACUGACUUUUACUGCUAAACAAAGGCAAUAUGACAAUAUUUUAUCCAGAGAACGUCUGGGUUAUUAUUUUCUUUUUUUCCAAAGCUGCCAAUUGAUGAUCUGAGAGCAUGAUGCAUCUUCUUUGGGAAUAUUGUCCUUUUUCUGCAUCUAUAAUGUAUUAUUUAAAACAUGUCUUUCUGAAUUAGUGGGAUUUUCUCAAAAUCACAAUUUUUUGUCAUAUUUUUGUAUGUUUCCUCAAUAUAUUAUUUACUUGCAGGGCAUUUUUCCUAUUAAUUUUCCAAAUGAAUAUCCUGUUUAUUUAAUGUCACUUUUUCUGGUUUGUUAAUUAAGUGCAUUUCAUACGCAUCUGCUUCACCAAUUACCUGUGCCAACUGUGUUUAAACGGACGUACAAAGAAGACAAAGAACGUUUUCUUCAGUCAAGGCGAAAUUAUUUCAUUUAAAUCGAUGGGUUGUCAGUGACAAAUUGAUGGUCUAUUUUUAAGAUUGCUAUGUUGAUCCAUGUCUAAACUACAAAACUGUAAUUAGUUUUUAAGACUUUUAACUAUUUACGAAUACUUGUCACUAUUUCACUCUUUCAACUGAGGAAGUUUCAUUGUUACUGCUUUACAGCAGUGCGAAAUUGGUUUUCCUCUUUGCCAAGUUUAGUUCGUCUUGUCUCUCUGUUGCACACUUGGAUGAUCAGGCCACAGUUUUAUGAAGGUUGUGCCACCACGCAUGUUUUACAGGUUGAACAUUUACUUUUUUUUUAUAUUGUCAUACUGUAACUCUUCAUUAUAUGUAUUCUCAUUUAGAAUAAUAACAAUAGAUUGCAGAGAAAUCGACUCCAGUUUCAAAGUGUGCAUCACUUCAGGAAAAAAAAUGCACUGUGAUGUUCAUGUUCUAUUUUACAAAUAAAAGUUUAUGGAGCGCCAAUAAUUGAGUAAUCAAGGCCUUGAGAUACUAUAAUUAUUAUGCUGAAGUGAGGUUGCGAAAUAAGCAUAUAGAAUAUAAUGUACGUGUUGAUAAGUAUGUAUAUCAUGAAU